CAUCUUCUUAGCAUCUAAAUUGUUUUUACAGAAGGUGAGAAAACUUUACCCUAAAUUGAAAAUGUCGGGACGCGGAAAAGGAGGCAAAGGAUUGGGAAAGGGAGGAGCGAAACGACACCGUAAGGUCCUCCGGGACAACAUUCAGGGAAUCACGAAGCCGGCGAUCCGGAGGUUGGCUCGCAGAGGAGGUGUGAAGCGUAUCAGCGGUCUGAUCUACGAGGAGACUCGUGGUGUGCUCAAGAUCUUCUUGGAAAAUGUGAUUCGUGAUGCUGUGACCUACACUGAGCACGCUCGCCGGAAGACUGUGACAGCCAUGGAUGUUGUUUAUGCUCUGAAGAGGCAGGGGAGGACUCUUUAUGGGUUUGGUGGUUAGGGUUGAGUCUGAUCGAUGUUUUGUUAUUUGGGUUUAGGGGUUGGUUUUGCAGCUCUGUACAUGUAAUUUCUGGGUUCUGUUGUAGUAGUUCUCUUGUUUUCUUCUUCGUAUAAGUUGUUAGAACUUAGAAGUCUAGCUUUGAAAUUCAAUAUAUGAAGGAUUUGCUUUUCUGUCA